AUGGAAGAUUUUACAAAGAUAUGGGAUAAUUUGAAUACAGCGAUUUUUACGGCUACUGUAAAGAAUAAGAAGAAUCCUGAGCAAGUGUUCAAUGCCUUCAUUAAGAUCCUUUCGGAUUCUGGAUCAAACACCUUUGGAAUAUCAGAUAAACUUCAGAAACAAAUGUUUGAGAGAGAAGGAAAGUUCUACAUAGAAUUUCUAAGUGAAGCUACAAAGCUGGCAAAGAACAUUAACGGAUUUGGGUUAUUCUUCCCAAAAUUGUAUCACUUUAGUAUGGAUCCAAUGAUAAUAAUAACUGAGAAUAUGGCCCCAAAGGGCUUUGAUAAAAAUACGGAAAACUAUUCAUUGGCUCAGAGUCAGUUACUUUUUGAACAUUUAGCUAGAUUUCAUGCCCUAUCCUAUUAUAUUCAUCACGAAUUGAAAAGAGAUUUAUCAGUUUAUGAGAACUUUUUGUGCAAGGAAUCAUCGGAGCAUAUUUCCAUUGCUCUAGGAGCGUAUAAGUUGCUAAUGGAAGUCGGGAAUGACUGGGAUGGAGGUCCAGAAUUUGUGGAAAAAAUGAGAAAAUUUGAACCUCAUUACUAUUCAACUAUGCGAAAUCUUAUGACAAUUGAUGCAUCAGAAGAUCAACAAAUUCUUGUCCUAACUCACGGUGAUUGUCACAAGCAUAACUACCUCUUUCGGAAUAAUAUGGAAGAUUGCUCAAUUAUUGAUCAUCAAUUGGUUUCAUGGCUAAGUCCUGGAGUUGAUCUCAUUGCAUCAUUCAAUACAUUUUGUGAACCAGAAGUUAAUAUCAAUUCCCGAGAUUACCUCCUCAAAUGCUAUCACAGAGAGUUCAAACAUUUGUUCUAUUGGACUGCAUAUUGUCCAUUAGCAUCAAUCGAUACAUCAUCAGAAAAUAGCAAGAGUUAUGCAGAACGAUUCAGGGAUGCUCUUGAUCAUCCUAGACAGAGGAAGCUGGCAAAAUUCUUUCCAACGUUCUUAAAUCGUGGAUAUUUAGACUACGAAGAAAAUAUAUAA